UCUCUCUCUCUCUCUCUCUCUCCAUCAUCAACAGUCGCUUGUGUUCCGGAGACCAAUUAGGGUUAUACUCUGUUCAGUUCAGAUUUGAAUUUUCAUUCUCAAUUCUUCAAGAAACCCUAAUAAGAAGCUUCUUGAGGAGUGCCAUGCUAAGUAACGGAGGAGGAGGGAGGUUCUAUUGGGCUCGGAACCAAUCAUUCUACACUGGAAAGCUCAAAGGAAUCGUGGUGAUAUUCGCUUGGGUUUCAAUUCAGGAAAUUCACUUGAAGAAUUACGUCAAUCUGUACUCCUCUCUUGGAUGGAACUCCCUUGUUUGCCUUUCCGAUUUCCUCAACCCAUUCUUUCCUGAGAGGGCCACAUCACUGGCAUUUGCUGUUCUCAAUGAACUUGUUGAGGAGCUAAAGAUUAGGCCAUGUCCUUUAGUCCUUGCGGCCUUUUCUGGUGGUUCAAAAGCUUGCAUGUAUAAGAUUUUUCAGGUUAUUGAAGGAGCAUGCGAAGCACAACUCAGUCAGGAUGAUACUCAAUUGAUUAGGAAUUGCAUCUCUGGUCACAUCUAUGAUUCUAGUCCAGUUGAUUUUACUAGUGAUUUGGGCGCUCAAUUCACAUUACACCCUACCAUUCGAAGGAUACCUGGUUCAGCUAAACUAGUGUCAUUAAUUGCAAAAGGUGUUGGUUCUGGACUGGAUGCUCUAUUUCUCACUAGGUUCGGAUCACACCGGACUGAGUACUGGCAGACUCUUUAUUCAUCAGUUAGUUUGGGGGGCCCAUUUCUUAUUCUAUGCUCAGAAAAUGAUGAUCUCGCUCCAUAUUCAGUCAUCUGCAGUUUUGCUCAGCGUUUACAGGAUCUUGGGGGGAAUGUCAAACUUGUGAAAUGGAAUGGCUCCCCGCAUGUAGGACAUUACAAGCACCACCCAAUUCAAUAUAGGGCUGCUGUGACCGAGCUUCUUGAGCACGCAGUUUCAGUUUAUUCCCAAAAGAUCCAAGGACUUGGAGAAAGAAGUGCUAUGGAGGGCAUGCACGAUCAGAUAUCCGAGUUGAUAUGUGAUCUCCAGAAUGCAGCAGUUAACUCAAAUCAGAGCUUUAGAAGAGUUGCGCAAGGGCCAAAUGACCAUUUCUUCUUGCCAAGUUCAGCAGAAUAUAGCAGUAGUAAAGAAUUCGGAUCUUUACAAGAUGAACAAAAAGGACCAGCUCAUUCGCCAAACCCUCCUAGUAUGAGUGCGCAUACCCUCCUCGGUCAAAUCCUCUUCGAUGCAUGUGUUCCGAAGAACAUUGAAGGUUGGGAUAUUAAAUUUUGUGGUUCCUUGAACGGGCAGCCAUUAGCUUCUGCUCAGAAGCGUUCACCUUCGAAUCCCAUCAAACGCAUCUGCCGCUCAAAAUUAUAAGAUGUUAUCAGAUAAUUAAGGUGAAGGUCAGCAAUCGCUUGGUGAGGAUGGUGUGUAUAAGCUUUCAUUCAGGCGUGUGCCACCCUGCAAAUAGUAUGAAGAGGCAUAAGAAUCCUGGGUGAGGUUUUUUCGAAUGUGUAAAGUAUGAAUGUUGUGUUUGGUUGGGGGAUUUGGAGAGGAAUUUGGAAAGAGAAAGGGAAAAAGUGUGUGAAACUAGGUGAAAUCUAGGUAUAUUUUAUUUAUAUUUCACUUGUCUUUUCUAUUUCCCUUUUCAAAUAAUAUUUCACUUGUCUUUUCUAUUUCCCUUUUCAAAUCUCUCCUCAAAUCUCCCAACCAAACAUAGUAGAAGUGUACAAGUGUACAGAAGAAUGAGAAAACAAUAAUUUUAUAGACGUAAAAUCAUCGACUACAGAAAAUACAAUUGGACCAAUGCGAGUGGAGUACUCUCUUCAGUGGUAGGCCCCCACAACCUGAUGUGUAUGGCCAUAAUUAUUUUAUGUGGUUGGUUUUGUGUCGUAAAAUUAUUGAUGGGAAAAUAUAUCUUGUAUAGUAUUCGAUGGGAAAAUAUAUCUUGUGUAGUAUUCCUAGAAUUAAGGAGUGCUUUUCCGGUAACAUUAUCGUAACUAAUGUAAGAUGUUGUACAGUUAAUACAUAUCUAGGGAGAUAUCUCUCUAUCCCUCUCAAACAAUACAAUUGAGCAGUUUCAAUUUUUAAAUUCUA